AUGAAACUUUUAUUAUUUGCUUUAUUUAUUGGAAUAAAUGCUUUCGAUGAGCGAAUGGCUAAUGAAAAUGUGAACUCUUUUGAUAGUGUGGAUGUUGACAAUAAUGCAAAAGUUGACAUUCGAGAGUUGACAAAAUGGCUAAACGAGCGGGGGAUGACGAUUGAAAAAGUCAAAGGCCUCUUCUCACAAUAUGAUAUCGAUGGUGACUCAAAUUUGGAUGUCGCUGAAUUUGUGCCUCUUGCUUAUGCUUUUUCUCAAAAACCCGUCGACACAGAGGAAACGAUUUUUAAGAGAAUGGAUGUGAAUGGAGACGGUGUGGUUGAUCACAAUGAACAAACGAUUCGUCGACUCGCUGGCGAUGGAACGAUCAUUGACGGAGUUCUGGCCGUAGCCGACACGAAUCAAGACGGAAAUCUCGCCUAUUCCGAAUUUCUCAAUGCUCUCACUUUUAAUAAACCAAAGACUCAAGAAAAAAUCAAUCAAGAAAUGGCUCAGUCAAUCAUUUCUUAUAUCGACUCUAAUGGAGAUCUCCGAUUGCAAGUUUACGAGGUUCAAACAUUCGCAUCAAAAUAUGCACAGAUAAAACCCGAAGAAAUCCAGAUUCUUUUUCAAAACUUUGAUCUAAAUGCUGAUCAAGUGUUGGAUAUAAACGAACUCUCACAAUUCCCAAUGAAAAUCUCCAAUCUUUUACAUCUUACCCCUCCACCAGCUCUU